GCGGGGCGGCGCGGCGGCGCAGACUACAAGGCCCAGGGCGGCCCGCGGCCGGCGUGCCGGGGCUUUAACCGCGCGUGGGGGCGGCGGGAGGCAGUUCCUGGUGGUGUGGUCCCGCCGCUUGCCGCUCCCGGGGGCGGCCGAGCGGAAACCCGCCUCCAGCAGAAAACACCCCGGCCAGGGUCGGGGGGAGAUGCGCCUCACCCUUCCCAACAGCGGCAAACCGCGGCCGUCCUUAAUUAACAAUUAGCUCGUCCCCAGUCACCCCCGGCAAACACUGUCCCAUGCACGCUGACCCGCCGCCGGCAGCUCGCUAGCCGGCAGCCCACGGCUCCUCCCGCGGUGCUGGCGUGCGGGUCGCUUGAGCCAUGGGGAAUGGGAUGAACAAGAUUCUGCCUGGCUUGUUCAUUGGCAACUUUAAAGAUGCCCGAGAUGUAGAGCAGUUGAGUAAGAAUAACAUUACGCAUAUUCUUUCAAUCCAUGACAGUGCCCGCCCUAUGCUUGAGGGAGUGAAGUAUCUGUGUAUUCCUGCUGCUGACUCACCCUCGCAGAACUUGGCAAGGCAUUUCAGAGAGAGCAUCAAAUUUAUCCACGAGUGCCGGCUUACGGGCCAAGGCUGCCUAGUUCACUGCCUUGCAGGUGUCUCCAGGAGUGUAACGCUGGUGGUUGCCUACAUCAUGACCAUCACAGACUUUGGCUGGGAAGACGCACUGUCUGUUGUCCGCGCAGCGAGGUCCUGUGCCAAUCCGAACAUGGGCUUCCAGAGGCAGCUACAAGACUUUGAAAAACAUGAUGUUGAUCAGUUCAGGCAGUGGCUGAAGGAAGAAUAUGGGGAAAACUCUUCUCAGGAUCUGCAAGAAGCCAAAAAUCUUCUGAGCAAAUAUAAAGAGCAGGCAGAGUUGCAGCAGAAUACUGGAGGAAGACAGUGGAAUAACAACUUCUCAUCUGUGCCAUCCCUCUCGUACAGCAACUACACAACAGAGACCUAAUCGUAGGAGGUUGAUUAUUUUUUUCUUUCUACCUUUGAAAAACAUCUUGCCAUAAAUUCCAUCCCAUCUUCAAGACUCUCAGCAGUAAUCAUGCAAACAAUUGAUUUGUAGAAAGCUUCUUGAUGAAAAUCCUACGUUACGUGUGUGUGUAUGAGUGUGUUUCACACAGUUUUGUAAUUUGGGCAGGAUCAAGCUCUCUGUAUGCCCAGAGACAGGAUCCAGUUAGUGUGGUUGAGCCAGUUUGUCAGCCAGCCAGCCACAGCUACCUAUCCCAUUAUGCCCACAUUGCCUGGCAUUUGCUGUGAGGUUAGCUCCACUCCUUUUCUGUAAGCGAGCAAAGGGCUCUGAGAGAUGAAGUCUGGUGAUUCAAGCUGUGGCAGUUUGACAUCUCUGUGCUGUUAAUGUGGCAAAGAUGUGAUAGCACCUGAAGAAGGGACUUGAGUCUGUUAUCUCUGCUGCUGCUCCUCACAGUCCAUUGGUGAGUAAUCCCAUGACAGUGGGCUUGACCCUAAGCGCUAUAGGCUGUGAACUGGAGCAGGUGAGAUAUGGGUACAUGGACCUUUCUACCAACAGCAGCAUCUAGCAGAGAAGUGAGACAGACAGCUCUGAGUAAUAACAUCUUCAACUGCCACAGUUGUACUUGCCUCAGUGCACGUGAGACAGAGCUGUCGGUAGAACCGCCAUAGACCAAGAGCACCGAGGCUGUUACCACGGCUCAGCUGAAGUGCAGUGAUUUAAGCUGUGGUCUAGUCCCUCUAUGGUGCAUCUGCUCUCCUCAACAUAAGGUUCUCUGAAGAAUAGUUUAUCAGGUCACUUCAUUCCCCGUGGAACACGUGCCUCUUCCACACAUGCCCAUGUGCACACGAUAUGCCGUGUCUCCAAAGAGUGGGCUCGGAUGGAGUGCCGGCACCUGUUUCUUUGCUUGUGCUGUGGUUUGCUCUUUGACUUCAGCUACCUCAAAAAAUGCUCUUCUUGUCAUUGUGGUUGUAAAUGCAACCUUGAAAAUUGCCUUGUGUAACCUUAAUCUGACACCGAAUGAAGUGAGCGGGUGCGUGUGUGCGUGAGGGUGCGUGUGUGCAUGAGUGCUUCACAAAUGUCUGUGCUUGAGAAGCUCGUUGUUUUCUUUUAGAAUCACCCAUGUUUCUCACUGGUUUAAAACCCAAGUUGUUUGAAUUCAGCUUUCUGCCACUUUGAAACCACUGUGUAUUUUGCUGUGAUGGGAUUUUUAGGAACGCGUUUGUAAGAUUUUAAGCUACGUUAAAACGAGGGGCCGUGCUGCGCUCUACCUGAUGUUGUGUGUUUCUGGAAUGGACCCUGGCUCAAGUGUAUUCUAAGAAUGUAACUUCAAAUAUGUCACCAAGGAUGCUGGGCAGUGUGUUGGUUUCCAGUGGUGUAAUGGGAGGUGGCACUAAUACCACAGUUGUGAUUUCUCAUCAUUGGCUCAGAGGAAGGCAGGCCUAUUUUUUUCUUGAAGAUUCCAGAAAAUAAAUACCUCCCAAACAGCCAGUGUAGAAAAACAAAACCCAAACCCUGCAUUUUUCUUUUCCAAACGUGGUGUGUAUCGUGCUAAAAGCUGAGCACUGAGUGAGAGCAGUCAGCCUACUAAGUAAACUGUUGUCUCUUUUGAUUUCUCUGGUGCUCUGACCUCCUGUCCCCUCGCAAGAUUCCUCUUCUUGCCAUUUCCUGCUUGCUGUGGGUGGCAGUGAAUUCUUUGGGAUGGGAGCAAGGCUUUUGGGGUGAGGUGAGCUCUGGCUGCUAAAUAUCUGUUGUUAAGCACCUUCAAAAAAAUUUUAUGGCUUGUGAUGAAUCUUGCAUAUCAAUAAUUGCAAAAAAAGGGAAUGGAGUGUAACUGGCCUGGCUGUUUCAUCUGAGUCCAAGCCUUCAUCAGGGUUCUUAUUGCACUAAGUGCUUGAAGUGUACUGAGCACAGUGAGAGCAGGAUAAUCAUGUCUGUGUUGCAGUAAGGGAUGCUGUUGGAUUUGUGAAAUGUGCUAGCAUUGACUUUAUUUUCCAGUUUGUAGCUGAAUGAACCACUACUACCUGUUUGGUAUAUCCAGCAACUGUUCUGUGUUUGCCUGGUAAGGGAACUAUUUAGCUCUUCUUGAAGAUUUCAACCUGCAAAUAAUUGGCUGUUUAGGAGCUGGGGCACAGUAGUGCCCAUGUAAGCAGUCCCCACUGUGCUCUGGGUAACAGGGUCUGACACGGGUUCAGGAUGCCUGUUGGUUCUUCAACUUAUCAUAGGAUGUGUAGUGCCACUUCACCUAUCACCAAAGGGCAGCUUUGUGGAGCCAUUCUGCCAGUGCUGGUGCAGUUACGCAAUGAGUCCAUCCUGUAGCCUGCUGCCAAGUACCCCAUCAUGCUUUUGGCACUCUCCUCCCUGUGGCAGUAACCCUGUGAGUGCUGGGAAGUUGGCAAUUCUUUGUUCUGACAAGUACAAGGCAGAAUGGGAGAUAUCUGUUAAGAUUCAUGUGUCCAAGAGUUUUCUGUACUGGGUUUUUUUUUUUACUGGUUUUGUUAUCCCCAAAAAGCCAGUCUCACAAAUAGGACUUUUUUAGAACUGUAUUUGUCUUUAGGGCCAUAUAGUCACAUCAAUGUAUGUUAUGCUGCAGCUCAAAAGCAGAUACAGGGUAACGCAGGAAGAUGGAGGGAGUGCCAUAUUGUCAGCAAGUGGAAGUGCUGCUCUCUUUGAACGAAAAAAACACAGAAAAGGUAUUUUCUGUAGUCUCUUGCUUCUACAUCUUGUUUUGUGCUGUCUAUAAACUGGAUUUAGGAGUGGUAAAAGAGCAAGAGAAAUCUAAGGAAACUUGAGUCUAGUUUAUCAGUGUAGAGGGCAGAAUGGUAGCUUACUUCUUUCUUACCACAAGAUGCAGAAGAAAGAGUAGCUAGCAAAGGAUGUCACCUUUGGACCUUUUAUAAAGGGAGAGGAGCUACCACAGGCUGAGAAUGUGACAAGAUUUGUCUUCCAACUGGCCUUUCAGGGGCAGUUUGUAGGACUUUCCAGCCAUCUGGAACAUGGCCAGACCCCAGUCGACCUCUUAGUAGUUGGCCUUUGUAGUGUAGCUGAUGCAUUCAGUUAUUUUGUUUCUGUACUUUAAAACACUGUUCUCAUUUUGGUGUUCACUGGAAAAUGUAUAAAGUUUAUAAUACCUUAUUGGAUAUCCAGAUUUGAAAUGUAUAAAUGAUUUGGGGGGGGGGGGCUAAAUUCGAUAUCCAUGUAUGGUAAUAAGCAGAUGUUUAGUGUUACACAAUGUAGGUAAUUAGUAUUUAUUACUCUGAUUUUUAACCUGGAAAGAGUUGCUUCCUUACAUUUUGUGGUUGAGUGGGAAGAUAUGGCAAAUCAUAUCUCUGUUUUUUAAAAAAGGACAGUAAUAACAUUGUUUGCUAUAAUGGCCACUGCCUAUAAAGGAGUCAGUGAAAAAUUAUAGUAAUUACUUCAGCUAGUUUAAAAACUCUAAGCCUGGUAAGCUUCUUGAUUCUCUGUCUUCCUUUUCCUGGGCAUCUUAGUGAAGCCUUGAUUGCUUUUUCCAAAUGUUUGUAUUUAAUAUGUUCUACAAUUUUUUUACAAAUAAAAGUAAAUGUUAACACCUGA